GCUUCCCACCACUCCUCACGCAACUUCCUUCCUCCACCACCUCGUUAUAAGACUCUUCCCCUUCUCACCUCACUCUCACACUCCAAAAACUUUCAAAACUCCACAGUUCCUCCUCAUACCCAAUCCCUAAUUCCUCCUCUUCAGCUUCAACUAGUUGCAGUAGUCGCCAAUUCUGAGUUAGAGAUGGCCAUGGAAGCUUUGAAUUCCCCAAGAACUGCAACACCUUCGUUCCACUAUGACGAUAUGGAUCUUCACUGCCUUGAGCCAUGGGCAAAGCGAAAGCGUUCCAAGCGUCCACGUCUCGACAUCAACCCAUCUUCGGAAGAAGAAUACCUUGCUCUCUGCCUCGUCAUGCUCGCUCGUGGUGGUAACACUGGAACCGACUCUGCCUCCAUCACCGCCGACGAGUCUCACCUCCGCAACACAUCGCCACCGCCUCAGCUUCAGGAACCCCCAACUCUGAAGCUGAAUUACAAGUGUACCGUCUGUAACAAGGCUUUCCCUUCUUACCAGGCGCUUGGAGGACACAAAGCCAGUCAUCGCAAACAUAACGGCACCGAAGACCACCCCUCUUCCUCCUCUUCUGCUACCACCACCACCUCUACCACCGCCCCUGCCAAAUCAAAUCCAAGUAGCGUAGGUGGGAACAAGACCCAUGAGUGCUCCAUCUGCCACAAAACCUUCCCGACUGGACAGGCCUUGGGUGGACACAAGCGUUGCCACUACGAUGGUGGUAACAGUGCUGUGACUUCGUCUUCUGAUGGCCCAGCUGCUUCAAGCCAGAGCCACCGUGAUUUCGACCUCAAUUUGCCGGCUUUACCUGAAUCUUGGCCCCUUUUUGGAGCUUUCGGUGGGAAGAAAUUUAAGAAUUCUGGCGAUGAAGAAGUGGAGAGUCCCCUCCCUGGGAAGAAGCCUCGCCUCUUCGUUCAAGACGACGUCCCUCCUCCUCCUACUCCUCAAGAUCAGGCUGACCAGAAGAAUUGAUAUUAUUAGCAGAGACUAUUGAGCUCUGUACUUGUUUUGUUUUUCGUUUUAGUUUUCGAUUGUUUCUGUACAGUGAAUCGUUCAUUCAUUCUUUGUGAUCUCUCUCUAUAAAUCGUUAGAAAUUCGAAUUUGAUUAA